AUGCUGUUCAAAUCUGUCUGCCUACUGGCUUCCAUUGCCGUCGUCAGCGCUGGAAGCGCUUCAGCGUGCGGAAGGAAAGAAGCCACCAAGGCGAUCGAAUGCGCCACCGAGCUCACCUCAGCAACAAAAGCAUUCGUCUCCUGGAUCGACUCGAAUUACGACAAGAAGAACCAGGAUGAGAGCAAGAAGAUUUGCAAGAAGGCUUUGAAUUGUUUCGCUGAGCUCAAGAAGAAGUGUCCGGAUUUUCCGGAAGAUGCCACCGAGACAUUGAAUCUUCUUUGUCACAAGGUCGACUUCUUCACGGGACCAUUUUCGGAGUGCAUGGCGAAAUUGACGAACGUCACCGAGACGCCGACGCCGGGUUGCCUUAGCAAGAUCUUCAAUAAGGAUGAGUUUAACGAGGAGAAGAAGCCAUGCGAUUCGCUGAAGAACAUUGUUGUUUGCGAGGGCGACAUUGGCAAAUUGUGCGGUGAGAACAUGCAGAAGAUCCUGCACGAGGAGAACGUCGAGGAUUCAAAAAGACACAAGUGUUAA